GCCAUGAGUGAGGCAGAAGUGAAUCCCAAAGCUUACCCCCUGGCUGAUGCACAGCUCACCAAAACGCUACUGGAUCUUGUGCAGCAAUCCUGCAACUACAAGCAGCUACGCAAGGGAGCCAAUGAAGCCACCAAAACACUGAACCGAGGGAUAGCAGAGUUUAUUGUGAUGGCGGCAGAUGCUGAGCCCUUGGAGAUCAUCCUGCACCUCCCCCUUCUCUGCGAGGACAAGAAUGUACCUUACGUGUUUGUGCGCUCCAAGCAAGCCCUGGGCCGGGCAUGCGGUGUUUCCCGGCCUGUUAUUGCCUGCUCCAUCACCAUCAAGGAAGGAUCACAGCUAAAGCCUCAGAUCCAGUCUGUCCAGCAAGCUAUAGAAAGACUGUUGGUCUAAAUACCCAUGAGUUAAAGUGUGUCUGGAAUAGGAAAGUUGAAGUCAGGGGGAAUUCAUUUCUAACUUCAGUUGAGAUUACAAUUUUGAUAUCAGUGUUUCAUUUCAAAACACCACAUUUUUGUUUAAUAAUGGCUUAAUUCUUAGUGCUUCUCCUCUUCCCCCCCCCCCUUUUCUAUUAUUCCACCCCAACACAUUCAUUCUUAUUGUAUUACUUCUUGAAAAGUGAUUGUACAAUUGUAUUUCCUGAUUGAUGUUUAAAAGAAA